AUGAAGCGAAUGUUCAAACUGGGCUCUACUAAAGCUGACGGAUCAGGAGGCAGCUCGGAAUCAGUGUGCAGCAACGGCGACGGCGGCGUGAAGAUAAAAUCCAUGCGGUUUCGCACGGGUAGUGAAAUGGACUCGGACGCCGCGAUGCAGUUCGAAACGCUGAUCCCGCCGCGCGAAGCGGACGCCUGGCGACUCUCGGACGACGAAGAGGACUUCCACGACGUGGAACUGCGCCUUCACGACGAAGACGACAGGUCCAAUUCCUUUUCCGUCACGUGUGAUCCCGAACAUCCCGAAGUACGACGGAGAAGCAAUAAGAAGAAAAAGAAGACACCUAAGAAGAGUGUGUGGGAAAAAAUUAGCUGUCAUGGUAAUCGACGAGACUCGAAGACAGUUAAUUGUUGCAGUGUGUCGUGA